CAUUUUGCAGGUUAUGAAACAAUGGUCGUGAAAUCGAAGUUAGCUCGGAUGAUGUCUCAUGAAGAUUUUGCAAGGUGUGAAGUGAAAGUAAGCCAGAGUGCACCACCAACACCACUUCCAACACGUCUUGUCAAUGAUAGUGUCGUCGGUGGUGGAAUAGCAGUUAGCGACACAAUGACAUCAACAUCUAGUAUAGCGCCAACUGAAGUUAGCAGCAGUUUACAGAAUUUAGCAUCCAAUAAUGUAUCCACCACCGAUAGCUUAUCAAGUGGAAUGACCAAAUCAACCAUAGCUUAUUCGGAUGACAAUUGGGAAAUACCGUUUGAAACAAUUACUCAUUUGGAGUGGCUUGGCUCAGGAUCUCAGGGGGCUGUAUUUAGUGGUCAACUGAAUGACCGUUUAGUUGCGGUGAAAAAAGUGAAAGAUAAAUCGGAAACGGAAAUCAAGCAUUUGCAACAUCUCAAUCAUGAAAAUCUCAUCAAAUUCAUAGGCGUUUGUACUCAGUCGCCCUGUUUCUGCAUAGUGAUGGAAUACUGUGCUCAGGGACAACUUUAUGAAGUAAUUAGAAGUGGUCAUCAUAUUGUAAAAGAUACGUUUGGCGAAUGGGCUCGUCAAAUUGCUGAUGGAAUGAAUUAUUUGCAUCAGAAACACAUUAUACAUCGUGAUCUCAAGUCACCUAACAUUUUGGUUGAUAACAGUGACAUAUUAAAAAUUUGUGAUUUUGGUACCUCACAUCAGUGGGAUAAGGGAAAAAGUACUGUAAUGUCAUUUUGUGGCACUGCUGCUUGGAUGGCGCCUGAAAUCAUCAAGAAAGAACCAUGCUCUGAAAAAGUCGAUAUUUGGAGCUUUGGAGUUGUAUUGUGGGAGCUGCUGACACAGGAAAUCCCUUACAAAGAUGUUGAUUCUAUGGCGAUCAUUUGGGGUGUUGGCUCAAAUAAUUUGAGCUUACCAAUACCAGAUACCGCACCCGAAGGGUUGAAAUUGUUGCUGAAGCAAUGCUGGAGCAUCAAACCACAGAAUCGUCCUUCUUUCUCACAAAUUUUGAAGCAUAUCGCGGUUUUCAAGGUAACGUUUGAGCUGCCCAACGGGGAAUGUAAAGCAAAAAAGGGUCAAAAUGCCAAGGAUAAGGAGAAGAGGUUAAGGAAGAAGUGCUUUGUAAUUGGAGCAUUGACAAAUGAAUAG